UCGAACUAAUCACGAGUUAUGAAACGGUCUUGAACUUUGUGAAAAGCAGUUUGGAAUAUAUGUAUCUACAUAUUUGACCUACUUUUCUGGUUAAUUGUACGUAUAAAGUCUACCUGAACAAAGGAUUUCUUGUUAGCGUUGCACUCACCACCAGUUUUUGGUCAAGAUCGCGCUCUCCAAGUAAACACUCGUGAAACACAUCGGUUUGCGUCAAUCGGGGAAAAAUAAAUAAAUAAUCGUGCAUUGUGUCAAUUAGAGAGUUGAAUUUGUUAUCUUGUUGCUUAUCAUAAAUAUGUCGGCUGUUCAUGUACGGAACGGGUUUAAAAAAUAUGGAGGCGGAAAUUUCGUACUUAACAACUUAAACGUUAACGUCGAUCGGGGGGAAAUCUAUGCACUACUCGGAGCGAGCGGUUGUGGGAAGACCACCUUGCUCUCUUGCAUAGUCGGGCUUCGUGAACUGGACAUGGGAGAAAUCACACUUUUUGGUCAAUCUCGUCCCCACAAUCUUGCUCAAAUGCUGGGAUACAUGCCACAGGACAGUGCGCUUCUGAACUUGCUAACAAUCGUGGAAUCGCUGCAGUAUUUUGCAAUGAUUUAUGGCAUGGAUGAAUCUGAGAUUAAGAAACGGAUCGAUUUUCUCACCGGUUUCCUUGAUCUGCGCAAAAUAAAUAAUGUAGUGCGUACUUUGAGCGGUGGACAAAAAAAGCGAGUUUCACUGGCCAUUGCGAUGAUUCAUAAUCCACGAAUUCUUGUCCUCGAUGAGCCCUGCGUAGGGCUGGAUACUUUGUUGAGACAAAGGAUUUGGGGAUAUUUAUCUGACCUCUCAAAAAAUUAUGGGGUCACCAUAAUUGUCUCGACACAUUAUCUAGAGGAAACUAAACAUUGCGACACGGUCGGGUUGAUGCGUGGAGGUCGACUACUGGAAGAGGAUAACCCUAGCUCAUUACUACGUAAAUGCAAAGUUGAAACCAUGCAAGAAGCGGUUUUGCACUUGUGCAGACAAGACGAGGUUAAUUUAUUUGCUGAAAAAUUUGAAUCUCAAAAUGUCACCAAAUUGGUCUCAAGUGCAAGAUUGAGUAUUAAAGCGUCGAGGAAAAACAAUAUCCACGCCAUGUGCCCGCCACGUGCUAAAUCAAACCACGCUAAAAUUAUUCAAGCCCUUAACCUCAAAUGGUUGACUCGGCGCAGGAGAGAUUGGAGGUUAUUAUUUGGAGAGCUGAUUUGUCCAAUUUUGCUUUCGCUGAUCUUCAAAAAUAUCGUCGGACCCGAACCACACGGAGUAAAAUUUGGGAUAAUCCACAAUGAUCCCAGUUUCAAUAUAAAUGAUCCAACUUGUAAUUACAAUAAUGCGACAAAGUGUUUCGAAAAUGUGGGACUUUGCGACUUUCUGCAGAACUUUGAAACUGAUAAAUUUACCUGGAUUCAUGUAAACGCAUACCACGAUGGCAUCCGUUUAGUAGAAAAGGGAGAUCUUCUUGGGAUAGUGGAGUUCCCCGCCAAUUUUAGCCUGCACAUGAGAAAUAGAAUGUUACAGCGCAAUUUUGCAGAUAAUAAGACAAUAGAUGGGUCCACGUUACCAGUUCAAAUGGAUGAGUCAAAUAAAAUAUUAUCUGGUUGGGCAAGGAAAAUUAUAAUGGACAAAUACCUCAUGUUCAUCGAAAACAUUGCUGCGGCUUGUUCUUUCAAUGUGAGCAUUUCCAAACCAGGGCUGCAGUUUAGAGCGAUUUAUGGGAGCAUCGAACUAUUUGAUGUCAUCUCUUCUUUCAAACCUGGUGUAAUAAUGUUACACGUGUUUUUGUUCCCAAUGGGAGUUGCCGUAAUUUGGAUGGAAGACCGAGUCAUCGGCUUCGAGGGGAGAGAAUAUAUUGCCGGAGUACACCUCUCGCACCGAAUUAUUUCGGCUAUUUUCAGUCAAAGUUGCAUAAUUUUGAUACAAAUUGGGAUAUUCCUGGGGGUAAUGUACAAUUUUUAUGACGUGGAGAUCAAAGGCUCGUGGGUACUGGCAGUGGGUUUGAUUUACUCUUGUGGCAUAACCGGGUUGAUAUUGGGGGUUAUGAUUGCCGCAUUGUGUAACAGGAUGCUUGACCUUAUCUUCAUACUAAUCAUGCUUGCUCCAGGACAAUUAUUUUGGACAGGAGCAAUAUGGCCUCCCGAAAUGGCACCAUGGAUUGUUCGUCAAGUGUUCGCCUUCGUACCGAUAACCCAAAUGAUAAAGGCGCUGAGAUCAAUUUGUACGAGAGGAUGGGGGAUUACGAAUCCGGUCGUGGCAAUGGGUUUCCUCCCCGCAGUUGGCUGGAUAACGGUUUCCUUGAUUGUUUUAGUGCUAGCAGAGCGACGGAGAUAUAAGUAGACGAAAAUGUACAUACACAUUGGUGUCUAUGUAUUUAGGAGUGAAUUACGAAUAUGUGUCAAGAUAUUAAAUUAAAUUAAUCUGAAAAAAUUCCUCACCCGUCACUUAGGUCUUAAAUAAUCGGUUAAAUAUAAUUACCGUGAUGGGAUAUUUUGAAUUCAUCUUAAAAAUAUAUAUAUUUUAAACAAAUACAGUACGAACCAAAACCGUGGA